AUGCAAACACCGAGUAGUCCCGAACUGAGGCUACACACUUUACGCAACAACAACAAUGGUUGUGCUCCUAGUCCAACAAUACUCAUCGGAGAGGAUAAUAGUAGUGAUGAUGAUGAGAUUCAAUCCUUUGAUCCAGAAGAGAAGAGUAGUGAUGAUGUAGAAGAAUUAAUCACGAGUCGUCAAUAUGAUUCAACAAAACAUCAGGAUCCACCCUCUCCAAUUUUAGGAAUCGCUAAUAGAAAUUAUUAUUCCAAUGAUACAAAAGCAUUAAAUGAUUCAUCAACGAAAACAUCAUCAACUACCAAGGCUCGAACCAAUAAUCUUUCACCUCCGAUAUUAUUAUCGGAACAAGAUCAUUUACAAACAUUGACGAAUAAUAACAUUUACAAUACCAAUCUCACUCAAAACAAAUGGAGUAAAUUAAUGACUCCAUUCGAUCUUCAACUCACUCAACAAUUUGAUAUGAAACGAUCCUUUAUAUCAUCAAAACAUGCAAAUCUGCAUGACAACAAUAGAAAAAAGCAAGUGGUUCUGAAAAAUCAAUCAUCCUCCAUCGACACGAAGAAUGAAGAAAAUGAAUUCUUUUCUGAUAGUCCAUCAAAAUAUCUUGAACAAAUUCAAUUCUCACAAAUACCAGCUUCAUUAAUGAUACCAUCCAGUAGUAAUAGUAGUAGUGGCAGUGACAAUAAGACGACGGAUCGUUUAUCUGCUUCACCACUCUUUUCACUAGAAACAAUGAUUGUCAAUGCAAAUUCCAAAAAAACAAACUCUUCCACCCAUGACAUGAAUAAUUCUCAUGACGACACAUUCCAAACUCCAUCGUCUCGAUACAAUACCACUUUAUCAACCCAUUCUUCAAGCUCUAGUGCUAUGAAUAGUACUUGUAUGAAUAAUGAUCCUUUGAAUACUUCUCUAUUAGGAGAUGAUUUAUUAUUGGAUGAUAUCCAUGAACAACAAGUAUGUCAAGUGAAAGAACAACAGUCCAAUUCUUACUGUGGAAGUACCACGGAGAAGCAUUCACCAUCCAUCAUGAAUCCCUUAAAUGUGUUGUUACUCAAACCUUCUAAAGCAACAACAACAAAAAAGAAGAAAUCAUCACCUCAUGCAUCCACAACAUCUGCCUCCUCUACUCAUACUGCAGCACCCAAACAAGUUGUGAAAAUUAGAAAUAAUGCAGAUCGAAAAGCAUUUGAGAGAUCAAAAAACAAAUUUGAAAGUUGGUUAAAAUCAUCACCUGAUAAGAUUGUUGCGUUAGAAUCAACUGCAUCCACAAUAGAAGAAGAAGAGAAGUGUGUCAAUGAGACGAUGAGUAGUGGUGGUAGUACUAGUAGUAGCAAUAGUAAUAAUAAUAGUAGUAGUAGUAUUCAGGUUGUUGCACCAAAAUGUACAGCUCAAGAAAUCCAUGAGCCAAUCCAUCUUAUCCCUAAAGAUUCCACUCUCAUUACUACUACUACUACUAAUAAUGAAAAGGUCAAUACUCACUCAGAACCCAACUCACCUACCAAUAAGAAGAGAAAAACAAUCCCUUCAUCCGCAACUUUAAAGCUUAAAAGAAAGAAGUGCACUAUUGCAAUCCAGAAUGAUCAGAAUGGUCAUCCUAGUUCCAACAUGUUGUGCACAUCCAUUACUGACACUCCAAUAUUAGAAUCUCAUCAGACGAACACAACCAAUAUAACUAUUCCAUCAACCACAAGAACAACCACUCCAAAAAUAUCAACAACCACUCAUACAACACCACUCUAUGAUUUAUAUUUCACAUCAGCAGAUGGACUCUGUUUCUUAUUAGGUGAAGAAUGUAAACACUGUCAUCAAUGGUUAGAAAAACAACAUAUUGAAUCGAAUAUCAAUGAACAUUCAGGUUACAUGACAUGUAUUCAUUGCAACUCAAUAAGAAACAAAUUCAAACCAUCCUUAACCAUCAAACAAGUUGUCGAUGGUGGUGAUCCUAGUACGAGUACAACAACCCUUCGAAUUGUUUCUUACAUUCCCAAAAACAAGUUAUUAGAAUUAUUAUCAAAUAUUCAACAAGUGAAUUCAGAAAAACUCUAUGAAAAUCAUGAAGAAUUAUUUUGGAAUGCACUCUAUCAUUAUGGAAGUAUCAAAGAAUGUUUGGAAGAUCAUACUUGUGUAAAUCAUAGUAUAUGCAGUAGUAGUAAUAGUAAUAGUACUAGUAGUAAUAUCAACUCGAACACGAGUAAUGAUAAUAAUACCAACAACAACAACAACAACAACAACAACACGAGUCAUACAUGUAGUGGUGUAUCAAAUAAUCAAAAAUCUCAUAAGAGCAGUGGUAGUAGCAGUACAACAAAGGAAAAACGAAAAAAAGAGACAUCCAAGAAAAAAGAAAUCACACAAACAAGGAAAUCUACCAAAAAACAACUCUCACAAAAAAGUCUAUUUGAUUUUAUGAAAUAA